AUGCUUCCUUCGAUCCCCGUCUUGGCCGACUAUGGAAUUUCUCCAACCCACGGCUUUCUCCCAGACGUCCUGCCGUUGACGCGGCUCCCGGAUCCCUACUACAACAAGUGGGAGGCCAUCGUCGCCAACCUACAGGGCCUCAUCCUCAGCAGGCGGCUGCGGGGAGUCGUCGAUCGCCUCCCUGUGCUCUCCACCAUCGGUCUGGAACAUGACGCAGAAUGGCGCAGAGCCUACAUGUUGCUAUGCUUCAUGGCACACGGGUACAUUUGGGGUGGUGACAGCCCCAGUGACCGCCUGCCGGCCCCCAUCUCCGUCCCGCUGCUGGAGAUCGCCGAGCACCUUGAGGUGCCUCCCGUCGCCACCUACGCUGCGGUGUGUUUGUGGAACUUCAAGCCUCUCUUCAUGGACGAGGAGAUCGAUAAUCUCGAGAACCUCGCCACCCUGACCACCUUCACCGGCUCGCUCGACGAGUCGUGGUUUUACCUGGUUUCGGUGGCCAUGGAAGCCCGAGGAGCCCCCAUCAUCCCGCUCAUGCUGACCGCUAUCGCCGCGGCUCGUGAGGACGAUGCAACAACGGUGACGAGCUGCCUCAACACGUUCGCCGAGCGUGUGGACGACCUUUCCGCUUUGCUGCAACGCAUGCACGAGAGCUGCGACCCGCACAUCUUUUAUCACCGGAUCCGCCCCUUCCUCGCGGGGAGCAAGAACAUGGCCGACGCCGGCCUACCUCAGGGCGUCAUCUACGAAGACGGUUCCGGUAACGAGACCUAUCGCCAGUACGCCGGUGGCAGCAACGCGCAGAGCAGCCUUUUCCAGUUUUUCGACAUUGUCCUCGGCAUCGAGCACCGCCCGACAGGCGAGAAGAAGGCCACCUCGGGUGAGGAAGCGGAACGACAGGGCCGGGCUCCGCCGCCGAACCACAACUUCAUCUCCGAGAUGCGCCGGUACAUGCCAGGCCCGCACGCCCGGUUCCUCGGCGACGUGCAAGCCGUGGCUAACUUGCGUGGCUAUGUCGAACGGAACAGCGCCAACCGCCCGCUGGCCGUCGCCUAUGACGCCUGCCUAUCCAUGCUGCGCUCCCUGCGCGACCGCCACAUUGCUAUCGUCACUCGGUACAUUGUCAUCCCGUCGCGCGAGGUCCGCGCUCGCAGCCGAAGCCCUGAAACCACUCGCCGCAGGGUUAACCUGGCCACCGGCUCCCGUCAGCGUGCGCCGGGCAUCGCGUACCAUGCCGAAGAGCCAGACGCUGCGAACGGGGGCAAGAAGAACCUAAAGGGCACCGGCGGCACGGCGCUGAUAUCCUUCCUGAAGCAGGCGCGAGACGAGACGGGCGAGCCCGCCGUAGAGGAGUGGACCAAGCGGUUCAUGAGCCGCCGGCCGCGGGCCGAGGGCCAGGGAGACUUCUUCGCCGGUAAGCCCGAGGAGGGGGCCGGCCUCGAGGUUGUGGCGGACACGGAGGAGGUGACGAUGCCCGGGCUGGCCGGGAGCUGGACCAUGGACGAUGACGUUGGCGGAAUUUGUAAUUACUAG